AAAACGACAACACCCAGUAGCGAUGUUGAUCCGGCGAUAUGUCCGGUCAAUAAACCAGACAGUAACAUUUGCCGCAUUUACGAAGCGUGCUUUCACCGUUGACCAACGCACGAGAUUAUCUACAUUCUUUGUCCCGCAAAGUGAUAAAGUCGCAACUGCGACAAAAGAGGGCAGCGCCCAUGCCUUGCUGGUGAAGGCAGGUUUUCUCCGGCAAGCUGCUGCGGGUAUUUAUCAGCUUCUGCCGCUGGGCUUGAGAGUACAAGACAAGAUCGAGCGGUUGGUGGACCGGGCAAUGCGCGGAGUUGGUGCUUCAAAAGUCGCCCUCGCAAAUCUGUCUUCGUCAGAGCUCUGGAAGAAAACCGGUCGAUGGGAGAAGGGAGGCGACGAGCUGAUCAAAGUUUACGACCGGAAAGAUACUGCGUUCUGUCUGGCGCCAACUCAUGAAGAGGACAUCACCAACCUCGUUGCCAACGAAGUAUCCAGCUAUCGUCACCUUCCUGUACGGCUCUACCAGAUCGGCAGAAAGUUCCGCGACGAAAGGAGACCGCGUUUCGGUUUACUUCGGGGAAGGGAGUUUGUGAUGAAGGAUCUGUAUACGUUCGACGCAUCAGAAGCGGAUGCACUGAAGACAUAUGAUGAGGUCACACGAGUAUAUCGGGAGUUGUUUGACAAGAUCGGCGUACCAUACCUCGUUGCCGAAGCUGACAGCGGUAAUAUCGGCGGGAGUUUGUCACAUGAAUAUCACUACAUGACAAAGAUCGGCGAAGACACGGUUCUGAAUUGUAAGGGAUGCGGCUACACAGCGAAUGACGAGCGAGCGGCUACAAAGUUGGGUAGAAGGGAUACCUCCUACGAGACCAGGUACGGUCUUUGCAGUGACAACCAACUUGUUGCCGUUCACUACCCGAGCGGUCGGGAAAUCAACGCAAUCUCUGUACGGAAAACUGUCCCGACGUUCACCGGCAUCCUUCUACCAAGCCUGGAAGGCAAGUCCUGGGAUUCGAAGCUUAACGUCACCCACCUUUUCGACGAAAACAUUGCCAAAGAUACGACCGCACCUGCAUUGCCUCAAAACGUCGAAUGCGAGUCAUCGCCAUCAGUGGUUCGGGAACUCAUUCUGAUCAAAGCGGAAGCUUCUGACCCUUGUCCGAAAUGCUCCCACGCUCUCGAGUCCCACCGAGCCAUCGAGCUUGGCCACACCUUCCAUCUCGGCACGAAGUAUUCCGCCCCACUGGGUGCCAAGUUUGUUCCGGAAGGCGGUUCAAAAGGCAGCAAGGAUAUCAUUAUGGGAUGCCACGGCCUUGGUAUAUCCCGCAUGGUAGCCGCCAUCGCGGAAGUUACGCAUGACUCAAAGGGUCUGUCUUGGCCAGUCGACGUCGCACCAUUCAAGUGCGCCGUUAUCCCCGGCCCCAAGCACGACGAAGUCGCUGAGAAGGUAUAUGAUGAGCUUACUAAAGUUUUGGGAGAAGACGAAGUCGUUCUUGAUGAACGAUUGGGCAAGUCCGUGGGGUGGAAGAUGAAGGAUGCCGAUUUGGCUGGAUACCCAUUCAUCGUUGUCGUCAGCAAAGCGUGGGAUAAAGAACAAAAGGUCGAGUUUCAGGUGCGGAAGACAGGGGAGAAGCGUUAUGUGACAUUGGAGGAGCUGGGCGAGGCUUUCAAACAAUAGAAACACUGAUUUACCCUGAAGUGGGACUGAAGCCAACAACAACGAGAUGAAAGAACAGAAGAAGGGUGUCAAUGCAUUGCAUUUUGGGGGUAUAAGGUGUUAUCCUAUCAAUUCCUGCGAGGUCUUUUCUGACCAUCGUACCAGUUCCUCGUAAAUCGUCCAUGUAAUUGCAGAACUCAAUGCCUUUCUCGCCACUCUCAGUCCCAUUCCGUC